AUGGUGACCGCAGCGACCGCGAGCCGUUCGCCGAACUCCAUCGUGAGCGUAUGGCAAAAGCUUCUCAAACUCAUCCUCGACUUCGACGCCUCCAGGUCCGUCGUUCCUCACCCCUAUCUGCCCCUCGCCCACCCCAAACGCGUGCGACUCUCCCUCACGCGCAUCUCCACCAAGGUCUCUUCACGCCAGCCCAUGAUGCUCGACCUCCGUAUGGACUGGCUCGGGCUCCCCUCGCACUCGGCGGACGGGCUAUACAACGCGUUCACGCCGCUCGUCGAGGGCAUGCCCGACCGCAUGGAGGCGGCGGGCGUUGCGCUGAUGUACGUGGACCUGCGCGUGUGCCUGUCGCGCGCGAUCGCUUCCCCCUCCUCGACGACUCCCGGAUGUCGCCCGUCACCUUCACCAUCGACGACACGAAGACGCUCCGACGCUCGCCGACUUCGAUCCCGAUACGCGUCCACCGUUCCGCACCCCGGUGGACGGUCCUGA